AUGGCCAACCUCUCAGACUACCGCGUCCUCUGCUUCGACGUUUAUGGUACACUUAUAGACUGGGAAAGCGGGAUCCUGGCCGCACUGGGCCCAAUACUCUCAAAAAGCAACACCCAGUUCACCCGUGAACAUCUGUUGACAAUCUACCAAGAGCUCGAGAGUGCCCAACAAAAGGCAACCCCCGAUCUUCCCUACUCUGAUCUGCUGUCAACAAUUCACCCCACUCUUGCCGCCCGCCUAGGCCUCGACCCGCCAACAGAUGAGGAGAACCGCGAAUUCGGCAACUCCAUCGGAACAUGGCCAGCGUUCCCAGACACUGUCGAUGCCCUGCACCGACUGUCAAAGCACUAUAAGCUUGUGGUGCUGUCGAACGUGGACCGGGCUUCAUUCGCCAGGUCAAACGCUGGCAGUUUGCAGGGUGUGCCCUUUGAUCUGAUCCUUACCGCGCAGGACAUCGGCAGUUAUAAGCCCGAUCUACGGAAUUUUGAGUUUAUGUUGAAUGCCGUCAAGCGUGACCUUGGGGUUGAACGGAAUCAGGUUUUGCAGACGGCACAGAGCCAGUUUCAUGAUCAUGAACCCGCGAAGAGGGCGGGUAUCAAGUCGGUCUGGAUCGAGAGACCCGGGGCCUUGAUGGGGAACCAAGAGCAUCCGAUCUUUGAUUGGCGGUUUACUACUUUGGGGGACAUGGCUGAUGCCGUUGCAAAUUAG